UAUAAAAUGAAUGUUAGUGUCUGCGUACAUGAGCAUGCAAACACGCUUCAGUGAGAGCCCUGCUUCAACUUCAAGUGCCUUUAUCAAUUCUGAUUUUAAGAUACCAAAACCUUGUUCCGAAGAUGGAUGUGAAAAGCAGGGGAAUUCCAUUGAACACGCUUUUGCUCUUUCUGCUCCUUUCUGCCAUUUUUUCAAUCUCUUCUGCAACUUCCUCUAUUACUUGUCCGAUUCAAGGAAAUGUGUAUCCUCUUGGGUACUACACGGUGAAGCUCUCCAUUGGCAAUCCUCCUAUGGUUUUUGAUCUUGACAUUGACACCGGUAGUGAUCUCACUUGGGUACAGUGUAAUGCACCAUGUUCAGGUUGCACCAUACCAAUUAAUCAACAGUAUAAACCCCAUGGCAACUUUGUGAAAUGUGGGGAUCCCUUGUGUGGUGGAGUCCAGGCACCACCAGGCCAUCCCCAUGUUGAUCCAAAUGUGCAAUGUGACUACGAGGUUGAGUAUGCAGACCAAGGAUCAUCUUUGGGUGUGUUAGUCCGAGAUAAUAUUCCCCUAAGACUCACUACCGGAUCUUUAGCAAAUCCUGUGUUGGCCUUCGGGUGUGGAUAUGAUCAAACGCAUCCUGGUCAUAGUCCCCCACCUUCCACAGCAGGGGUUCUUGGCCUUGGAAAUGGCAGGUCAAGCAUUCUGUCACAACUUAACUCUCUUGGUCUAAUUCGCAACGUGGUGGGACACUGCUUAAGUGGAAGAGGAGGAGGCUUUUUAUUCUUUGGAGAUAACCUCGUUCCCCGAUCAGGAGUUGUUUGGACACCCAUAUUGCAAAGUUCCUCUUCCUCGGUACAACACUACAAAACAGGUCCAGCAGACCUGUUUUUCAAUGGAAGACCUACUUCUGUGAAGGGUCUUGAACUUAUAUUUGAUAGUGGAACAUCCUACACAUACUUCAAUUCCCAGGUUUAUAGAGCUCUUGUUCAACUGGUAACUAAUGAUAUAAGGGGGAAGCCAUUGAGAAGAGCAACUGAGGAUCCAUCACUGCCAAUUUGUUGGAAGGGUUCAAAACCUUUCGAAUCUCCACAGGAUGUCAUUAACAAUUUUAAGCCCCUAACACUCAGCUUCACAAAAUCGAAUUCACUGCUGCAACUACCACCACAAGCUUAUCUAAUUGUCACUACUCAUCGCAAUGUCUGCUUGGGGAUUCUAGAUGGCACUGAAAUAGGACUGGAAAGUACUAACAUAAUUGGAGAUAUCUCUUUACAAGAUAAGAUAGUGAUUUAUGACAACGAGAGACAGCAGAUUGGAUGGGCCUCUGCAAAUUGUGAUAGACGAUAGACCUCACAAAUCAUGAAUAAAUCUAAUGUAGUUUUUUCUUUAAUUGAAAGUGACAAUAAUAGGGAAAUCUUAGCAAACUUGCAACUUACCAUGUAAAAGAUUGUCAUUGAGUUGUUAUGCAAGGAUUGUUAGGUUGCAAAAUGGUUGGGAUAGGAUAUAUAACAAUACCGUAUACAUGGUAUAACAUCA